UAUGGUGUGUGACAGGAAAUGGCGUAAGCAAAAGUAGACUAACAAUGCCUUGCCUCUAAUCUUGAUCCCCACACGCAACCUCUCUGUCCUCAAGCGUACAUCUUUCCUGCUUUCACCUGCUGCAUCUCCCUCCCCUCCUCUAAACCGCGUUCUUUCUCUCUCCUCGUCCUUGUGACAAGUAUUCUCUGCGCGUGUCCCAUUCCUUCUCCAAUUUGUUCUGUAUCCCACAAAAUUUCAAUUUCGGAAACCCUAACCCUAAAAAAAAACCCCAAAUUUUUGUAACGAGCUUUUCCUAAAAAAACCCACAUAGUGUAACCCAAGAUGGAAGUGAAACUAUGGAAUGAUAAGCGUGAAAGAGAAAUGUAUGAGAAUUUUGCCGAGCUUUUCGCCAUUAUUAAAGCUACUGAGAAGCUUGAAAAGGCUUACAUUAGGGAUGUUAUUGCACCUUCAGACUAUGAAACUGAGUGCCUUAAACUGAUUGCCCACUUCAAAACCCUUUCAUCAUCGUUGAAAGACACUGUCCCAAGCAUUGAGAGCUUUGCUGAUACAUAUAAAAUGGAUUGCCGGGCCGCGUUAAAUAGGCUGGUAACUUCUGGGGUUCCUGCUACAGUGGAACACAGAUCAGCUGCUGCUUCUUCUUCCACAAAUUCAGCUGCCACUGUUGCAGAGUGUGUUCAGAACUUCAUCACAUCCAUGGACUCAUUGAAAUUGAACAUGGUGGCGGUUGAUCAGGUUUAUCCCCUGCUUUCGGACCUCUCAACGUCGUUGAACAAGCUCAGUUUAUUGCCGCCUGAUUUUGAAGGGAAGACCAAAAUGAAAGAGUGGCUCGGACGGUUGUCUAAGAUGGGAGCUUCUGAUGAGCUGACUGAGCAACAAGCAAGACAGCUUCACUUUGAUCUCGAGUCUUCGUACAACUCUUUCAUGGCUGCGUUGCCUCAUGCUGGAAAUUGAUUCGUUUGGGGUGAGCUUGUAAAUAAUAAUUAUGAAUCUAUUUAUUUAUUUUGCUCUUUGUAUUAAUUAAGUAGGUGAUUCAUAUGUUGUGGUUACUUUUGCUAGAAUGGGAAAAGAUGGUGUUGUUUCCUUUCAAAUGGAUUUCAUGAUGCUGGUGGUGGUGUGUGUAGGAGAGAAUUUUUUGUACCUGUGAAUUGACCUCAUAUGUUGAAUACACUUUGCUCCUUGUUCUGAUCUA